GUUCAAAAGCCGUAUGUACCAGUUGAAAAUAAUUUAAAAUUAUUAAGUGGUUCAAAUCCACAAGACUUAAUUAAAAUUCAGGACGGAGGAGCCUUGUGGCCAUUUGGAGUUAUUACAUAUUAUUUCGAUACCAAGAGCUACGACGAAAUAAUUGCUCAGCGUGUUCAUUCAGUAAUGGAUGCAGUGCAAAGUGCAUCUUGCGUCAAGUUCAACUCCGUUGUGACGAAGCCCGUUAAUAUCACAUGGUUGCACAUAACUAACCCACAGAAAAAACGAGAAUGCGUUCAUAAAACUUUAACAUUGGAUGGUCAGGAAAUAACUGUAGUCCUGGGAUACGAUUGUCUUAAGGAAAGUGAUAUACUUCAUGCCUUACUCCACGCUAUUGGAUUGAAAGACGAGGUGUCGCACCCGUAUCGUGAUCGCUAUAUGCGAGUGCUUUGGAACAAUAUUAGACCAGAAUAUCGUCACCUUUAUCAAAUACAAGGAUUACAUUCUUCAAAAGUUUUGACAGAGUAUGAUCCAACAAGUGUCAUGCAUUUUCAUGAUAGAGCAUUCAGUAGCAAUGGACAGGCAACCAUUAUACCUUUGAUAUCUGGACUAAUCAUCUCUCCGUCUGAUCAUCUGUCACAACUGGACACUAUGAAACUAAGAUUGAUGUUCGAACAUGAAUGUAACAAACGUAAAGUAAGUGAAGUUAUAGAUUCAUGUAAAAAUGUAUUCUACGAUAAACUUAAGGGAUCAGUAAAUUUAAAUUCAAUGGUUCAAAUCUUUGAAAACGGAGUUGGAUAUUAUGGUCCUCCUAAUAAGAAAGCCACCAAUGAAAAAUCUGUAAACAAGAAUUAUCAAGUGAAUGUUAAAAGUACCCAAAACGACGGUCAAAGUUAUGAAACAGAAGUCAGUGAUGAUUAUUCUAAAAAAAGCGAUUCAGACAUAGCAUCUACUAUAAAUGACAGAGUAAUAGAUACAAAGGAAGAAAUAACAGUUGAAGAUUCAAAUAAUUAUGAUGAAAAAAAAAGAAAGUUAUGAAAA